GAUCACCAAUCCCCAAACAUCCCAGCCCACGUACACGUACAAGGCACCCCUCCCAUUCCCAUCUUCUCAACCACAAACCUGAACACCCUGAAACAACCCAAAAAUGGCCCCAUGGCGCCCCCCGAACCCGACGCCCCCGAAUUCUACCCAGCCUACUGCUUCCGAGCCUCGCCAACCCACUUCACCUGGGUAAAGAUGGCCGUCGCCGACGUGCGCCAGCUGCACCGCCGGCCCGAGUAUCCAGAGGGAAUAUUCUUCCACAAGAACCACCCCAUCCGCUUCAUCGCCGUCGCAGGCCUCAUCACCGCCCGCACCGAGUACCCGCGCGUGACCGUGCUCACCCUCGACGACAGCAGCGGCGCCGUCCUCGACGUCGUCGUCCAGAAGGCCGAUCCCGGCGCAGAGCCCGUAGCUCCAGCAGCAGCAGCAGCAGCAGCACCCGCACCCGCACCCGCAGUCCCAUCCGCAGUCCGCGCAACCACCCAGCCCGAGCAGCCAGCGCAGCGGCACAUCGCCCCUACAACAUCCCACCCGCUGGAUAUCGAAUCCCUCGUUCCGGGCGCCCUCGCGCACCUGAAAGGCACCCCGUCCAGCUACAGAAGAACGGUCCAGCUGCAGCUCGAGCGGUGCAGUGUGCUCGGCGGCGUGGACGCGGAGAUGCGGUUUCUGAAUCAGCGCAACCGGGUGCGGGUGGAGGUGCUUGGUGCGCCGUGGGUGCUCGGGGAGGAGGAGGUGGCGCGGUUGCGGCGCGAGAUGGUUGCGGAGGAGGAGAGGGGGGAGGCGGAGGUGGCCAGGGGGAGGAGGCGGGCGAGGAGGAGGGAGGAGAGGGAGGAGCGUGACGCCCGGAAGAUCUGGGAGAGGUGGGAGGUGGAGGAGGGGAUGAGGGAGAGGGAGGCGGCUGUGGUGCGCGGGGCUGGGGUGGAGUUGAUGCGGGUGCUGAGGGGGAGGAGGCUGAAGAGGGCCGCGGGCGACGAUGGGGAUGGGGAUGGAUCCAGGAAACGGGGGUGGGGAGAGUAG